AUGAUCUCAAACGCGGAGGGACGACGCGGGGAAAAAGUGGCCUUGGAAGGGCGGCUCGAGCCUCCGCUGCUGGGGACGAGGUCGCCGCUUUUGGAGGUGGAUGCGAUGCUUGUGUUGCUUUGUGUGUGGGAGUCUGUGUUCGUGGGCGAGAGUGUGGAAGUGGAAGGAUACACUAUACCAACACUCGACACACCGCACUUACACACAACACUGACCCUGCCCACGCCCAAGACAGGCCGUCCAUGCCCUCCGCCUCCGGCCAGCGUGACCAGACGAGUCCUAACGCCCUCCCUUCCCCUCCUGCAGGUGCGGUUGUCUCGGCAGUACCGCGUGUCCGCCAUCCCCUCCCUGGUUCUCCUGGACAGUCGCAGCGGCCGGGUCAUCACCAAGUCAGGUCGGGAGAUGGUCAGCAGCGACCCCGAGGCGCUGACCUUCCCUUGGCGACCUCGGGCUCUGGGGGACCUCCUGGCGGCCACGAGUCUCGUCGACCCCCAGGGGCAGGUGGUGACCUACGACGCUAUCAAGGACGCCUACAAAGGACUCUACUUCUCGGCGCACUGGUGCCCCCCCUGCAAGGCCUUCACGCCGCAGCUGAUAUCCGUUUACGAGAAGAUCAAGAAGAAGGAGGGGAACUUCCAGAUGAUCUUCGUCAGUUCCGACAGGAGCGAGGAGUCGUGGCGGGCGUACCACAGCACGAUGCCCUGGCUGAGCGUGGCCUGGGAGUGCGAGGACGUGAGGAGGGAGCUGGCGACGAACCUGGAGGUGCAGGGCAUCCCCACCUUCGUCGUGCUGGCGCCGGACAACACGGUCAUCACGGCGGAGGGAAGGGCGGAGCUGACGGAGGACCCCGAGGCUGAGCGGUUUCCAUGGCGACCACAGAGCGUCGAGGUGCUGGCGGAGAGGCACAUGGCGCGCUUGCAGGAGUCCCCCUGUCUCGUUCUCUUCACAGACGGCGAAACGACCGAGCUGCAGUUCGGGCGCGACGUGCUCCUCCCGGUGGCCGAGGAGUACCUGCUGGAGCACGCGCAGGAAGGGGCCCUCACGCUCCAGUUCUUCGUCGCCGGGGAGGAUGAGGUGUCCGACAGCGUGAGAGACUUCGCGUGCCUGGAGGACGUGGUGCCGUUGGUGGCCAUUCUGGACCUCGCCGAGGGGGCCAAGUUCCUGCUGGAGGACGGCGUCGAGGUCUCCACCGCCACCGUCCACAAUUUCGUCACUCGGUACUGCAACAGCAAACUCUCACCACUGCCUAUUAGACCCGUUGCAAGCAGUGCUACCAACACGAGCUAACACCAACUGUCGUCUUAAGUAGCAGCAUGAUGACCCCUUCUGUUGGUAACCCUGUGCGAUUCCGUGGAAGGGGUUACAAUGUAUUUGUUAUUACAUUAAUAACUAUAGACCUGCAUAUCUGAGGAUUUGCAGAAUAAAUGUUAUCAAUUUCAUUAAUUAUAUAUUACAGUUCAGUUUUGCUUUGAACACCAUAGACUUGCUAUUAUCUGUGUUUUUGUUUUUCUACCAUUUUGUAAUAAAGAUUGAUGUGAAGGGUAAAGAAAACAGUCAAACAAGUGUUGCAACUCUGCGGAUACUUUCUUCCCUGUUAUAAAAAUCGUAUUUCUGGAGCCUUACUCAUCAAGCUUUUGAUGAGUUAAACCGUUUGGCCAGUGAUAUACAAUGUCUCACACACACACACACACACAUACACAUACACAUACACAUACACAUACACAUACACAUACACAUACACAUACACAUACAUAUACACAUACACAUACACAUACACAUACACAUACAC